UGGGUUAUCUUGGUGAGUUCCGCCUGCCGUCUCUCCAAUGGCGGUCCGUCAUUUCUUCAGACUUUCCGGUUUGGCAGUUGGCAGAAGUGAAAGCUGGUAGUGGCACGGAGAGCUGAAGUGAAUAUUGUAUUCUACAAUCCGGCAACUGACAGUUCUAAUUAUGAAAAACCAGGACUCCGAGAGCAAGGACCAGCAGUGUGCUGAGAACACAGUCCAGGCCAGUGGUGGUGCAGCCCAGGAACCCGCUGUGGAUCCUGAGAUGGCAUCAAACCAUGAGGUUCAGACCAGCCCCGGCCAGCCUGAUACCACACCGCCAGAGAACCACCCAGCCAAGAGUCCAACUCCGGACACUGAAACUAAAAAUGGGGCUGUGGAAGGCCUGUGUCCUCCCGUUGGCAGCGAUAUGGCCGAGGAGCUGAGCAGGAAACUGGAGGACAUUCUAAACACCUACUGCCUGGAGGGCGAGGACGGGGCGCAGAAGGGAGGUGCAGAGUCCCCCCAGAACGGGCUGCCGUGUGUGGAGGUGAACGGAAUAGUCCACAGAGAGGAGACCAAGGCUGAGGUGGUGUUCGUAGAGGAGCCCAAGAUAAACGGCAGCACUGGGGAGAAGGAGCAGAAAAAGCCGCAAGAGAAGAAAAAAGCCAAAGGACUUGGAAAGGAGAUUACACUGUUAAUGCAAACUCUGAAUACUCUGAGCACUCCAGAAGAGAAGCUUGCUGCACUUUGCAAGAAAUAUGCUGAACUGUUGGAAGAACACAGGAAUUCCCAGAAGCAGAUGAGGCUCCUGCAGAAGAAGCAGAACCAGCUGAUCCAAGAGAAGGAUAACCUGCGGAAUGAGCACAGCAAAGCCAUCCUCGCCCGCAGCAAGCUGGAAGGCCUGUGCAGGGAGCUGCAGAGACACAACCGCACGCUGAAGGAGGAAGGUGUGCAGCGCACCCGUGAGGAAGAGGAGAAGCGGAAGGAAGUGACCUCGCAUUUCCAGGUGACCCUGAACGACAUCCAGGUGCAGAUGGAGCAGCACAACAAGCACAACGGCAAGCUGCGGCAGGAGAACGUGGAGCUGGCAGAGAAGCUCAAGAAACUCAUCGAGCAGUACGAGCUCCGAGAGGAGCACAUCGAUAAGGUGUUCAAGCACAAGGACCUGCAGCAGCAGUUGGUAGAUGCUAAACUGCAGCAAGCUCAGGAGCUGCUGAAGGAGUCCGAGGACGGGCAUCAGCGAGAGAAAGACUUUUUACUGAAGGAAGCAGUGGACUCACAGAGGAUGUGUGAACUGAUGAAGCAACAGGAGGUCCACCUCAAGCAACAGCUCUCUUUGUAUACAGAAAAGUUUGAAGAAUUCCAAACUACGCUGUCUAAAAGCAAUGAGGUGUUUACAACGUUUAAGCAAGAGAUGGAAAAGAUGACAAAAAAAAUUAAAAAACUGGAGAAGGAGACCACCAUGUAUCGCUCCAGAUGGGAGAGCAGCAACAAGGCCCUCCUGGACAUGGCAGAAGAGAAAACUCUUUGCGACAGAGAAUUCGAGGGCCUUCAGGUGAAGAUUCUGAGGCUGGAGAAGCUGUGUCGGGCGCUGCAGAUCGAACGCAACGAGCUGAGUAAAAAAGUACAGAGUCUGAGCACACAGGCGGGCCUGCAGGGCGGCGCUCUAGCUACACACGAGGCAGAGACCUGCCCGGGGGACGGCUGCUGUGAACCCCCAGAGAACCCCCAAGACCAAGAGACUUCCACCCACUCCGAGACCACGGAGCUUCCCUGCCUCCAGACCUGCAGCUGCACAAGAGAGCAGAGUGAAGAGCCCGAGGAGAGAGCGGGGGACCUGCACACAGAGGAGUAGCCCUGCAUGUUUACCAUGUGGGGACCCAUCACUGUGUUACAUGCCUGGUACAGUGUGAUGUCAUUUAUCAUGGGGGGGGGGGUGGAAACUAAAUCUGACAAGUGAUUUAAGAUGGACUCAGUAGUUUUCCACAAAAGCACCUUUUUUUUUUUUUUUUUUUUUUUGACCACAUUCCCCAGUUUCUUGUAAGCAGGUGCAACAAUUUCACAAUGAAAUUCUCCAAUCCUUUUUAUAACUAAUAAAAAAGUUGACUGUAUUAUUAUUAUUAUUAUUAUUAUUAUUAUUAUUAUUAUUAUUAUUAUUCUUAUUCUAGAUAUAAUUAGCCUAUCUAAUAUCAUUCUAGAAAUGACCAUUAGCCUGGCUUCCAGCCCUGGGGUUCAGAACUAUUGGCAUCUAGGUAUAUUACUGUAUUUAAAGUAUAAAGUGCAAGGAAUCUGUGCAGUCUGCUCCCUGGUAAUGUUCUCUGGUUUGCUUCUGUAGCAGCACAGAUAACUAACUGGUGAACCAUUACCUAAGGGUUCUGGUUAGCACCAUAAUGAUUUUAAGACUGUUUGCUGUAUUAACCCUCAGGUUUAGUAUGGACCUCUAUGCUCAGGUUUGUUACACUGGUUGUAUACCUACAGUAAUAAAUACAUACCAAACACUGAUCAUUCUAAAACCAGAGACUGGGUGACAGGAGAGAACUAAUUAUAAACCUGCUUCUUGUUCAUUCCAGCUACACGUCUUAAGGUUUGUUCUUUUGUUUUUGGCUGUACCUUUAGUCAACAGUAUCUUUUGAAGCAUCCUUAAUAUUUUUUUUUUAAUGCUUGUUUCUUAUAAUUUCGAGCACUUGUAUCCAGAUUUCCAAAUCAAAAACAAACAACAAAAAGUUCCAGGUUAUAUGUGUGUCGGCUAUUAAAAAUGUAUAUCAUCACUGUACCAGACUUUUUAUUUUCCAAUAUCAUUGAUCAUCUUUCACAAUAAGAGCUCGGGCUAUUUCAAGAAGGUUCAACAACCCAUUUAUUAUUAUUAUUAUUAUUAUUAUUAUUAUUAUUAUUAUUAUUAUUAUUAUUAUUUAUUGAUAAUUUGAAGUACAAGCUAAACAAAAACCAGAAAGCAAAAUGCUACCGAGUGAAAUGCAUUUCUGAUCACUGUUGGUGAGUUUUAUUCUUGAAAUGUCAGUCUAACUUCAAGUAAAGAAAUGACGGUGACCUA